CUUUAUCAUAUCUUCACUAUUGAGCUCCAAAUUUUGCUAUUAAGUAGCAAAAAAAUAUAUAAAAAAUGUAUAGCAACACUUCAAGGAGGACAGGGGAAGGCCCUAUGGACUUUGAAUGGCAGGAGAAAGGUGGCCCUAUGGACCCAAAAUCACCUUUCCUACAAUUCAAUGCUUUACAAGUUGAGAAUGGUGAGUAUUCCCAACUUAGGACCAUUGAAAGAAAGUUACAUCUGUACUGACGUGGUAACCAGCUUCUACCAAACCAGCGAAUUCUUUUCUGACAAAGUCUUCCACACCAGCUCCAGCAUUUCGAAAUCCAGCAUUCACCACACCCCGCAAACCACAAACUCCAGAUAUUUACUCCGAAGCUUCUGGACUAGAAUCUUCACCUGGCGAGACUGCCGAUGCAGAGGAUACACCUGAGAUACCCAAGACUACAAGCAAAACUAUGACGACCUUCUCAUCACACGCUUCGUCACGUAAACCACUUUUUGGAAAAUAUGGCACAAAUUAUAAAGGAACUAGUCCAGGCGCUCGAAAUGAUUUACGAAGAAUGAAACUAGUAGGACAACCAAUAGCUAAAAAGCGAAAGCGUCAACAUCGAGAUGAGAGAGAAGAUGAAACCAUGGGAAUAGUGCGACAUCACAGAAAGGAAUCUGCUUCGGAAACUGAGAGUGAGUCAGGAGACUCAAGGCCAAAUAGUCGAUCGAAUGACCGCAACCAAGCAGAAGACAAACCAGGCUGGUUCUCCUCCUUCUUAUCCGGCAUUGAGUCCCGACCUAAUCUUCCCAACAUCCUUUCCUACUAUGCUCAACUAGCGCUCAACACAUUUGUCGUCGGGCUAAUAAUGUUUGGAGUUUACUCAUUUUGGACUACAAUUCGCAGCGACGUUGACAAAGCAUCUCAAAAGGCCACAGCGGAAGUUCUAUCUGAGAUGGCACAUUGCGCAAAACAAUACGCGGAGAACAGAUGUGAACGUAGUAUGAGAUUACCUGCUUUGGAAACGGUUUGUAAUAAUUGGGAAGCUUGUAUGACUAUGGAUCCAAAUAGUGUCGGCAGAGCUAGAAUCAGUGCAAAAACAUUCGCGGAGAUUUUGGAUAGUUUUAUUCAGCCUAUUAGCUACAAAGCAAUGGUACGUCCUUUUUUAUAUUCACCUUAUCCUAUGUCCAAUCCUCAAGCUAACAUUUCAACUAGAUCUUUGUAGCUCUAAUUCUCACCCUUUCCAUCGCCGCAAACAACAUGGCCUUUGGAAUGUUCCGUUCCAAACCGCCAACUUUCCACCCUGAACCCCAACCCCAUCCUCAAGCACAUCUUCCUCAACAUCCAAACUACUUCGGCCAACCAAAUCCAUGGGGAAUCCCACAAACUCCCCAAUCACAUUUCGGGCCAUAUGAACCCUGGCCUACAGGAGCAAGUACUACUCAAAGGGGAUUAUUCGGCCAAAGAAAUGGCUUCGGGAAUGGUAUGGGGAAUGGAGAGUUUGAAUUCAAGACAAUAGAGAGAAGUCCUAGUAAAAAUCGAGGGAGAACUAAGGGAAGGAGUCCAAGUAAAGGAGAGAGACGAUAUUUGGAGUAGGUUGGCCAAGAAAACUUGGGACUCAGCGAAAUUGGAUGCUGUUUGGAGUAUUUCAUUCUCGAUAUAUUGUAGGGAAAAGGAGGUCUACGUGAGCUUAGGGACGACUGGGAAAUAUGGUUGGAUGGCGAAUCUAUAUGUUGUUUAUUCUAGAUAUUACAUACUAGGACACAUGAGUAAAGGAGUCAGACGUACAUCAAUGUGCAAUGCAAUGCAAAUGUAACAUCAAUUACCUAGGAACAACAAGAAACCAACCAUUUACUCCCGGUCACUUAUAUAAUUCCUCAAUCUUGUAUGUAUAUAGAAAGGAGUAUUAAUAUACCAUACCCACUUAUUCA